AUGGGCCGCCUCCACCGCGACGAUCUCGCGGACGCUGCCUCCUCGCACUCGCUGCAUUCCAUCGCCGACGAGGACGACCUGCCACCUCCUUAUACCGACGAUCCUGAUAUCGAGCCUGUCUCUGCUUCCAACCCCACCCCCGCGUCAUCCUCUUCCCGUCCGACCGGUGCCUUCCGACCCCUCCGCAUCGUCGAUGCAGCCUAUGCGAUCCCAGGCACCAAGAAUGUCCACUCCUACGAUACUCGGGUCGUGUCUCUCGACCCACGCCUCUGUAGCUACAAAGAUGAGCUGUUCCACGUUAUCCGCAGGCAGUUGAAACUGCCCGUGCGGCCGAUGCUGCUCAUCAAAGGCACGCACACCGAGUCCUCCAACGAUAGCAAGCAGAAGAAGAGCAACACCGUCACCGACUUCGAGUUCCGCCUGGAUCUUGCGGAGACCAUGCUGACGGGAUGGGAGGGCGGUCCAAUGCAUGUCAAUUGGAUGGAAAUCGACGUGAUCCGCGAUGGAGACGAAAUCUCUGCUUAUCGGGGUGGGAUCAUGCAGUCGCGCGUGUACAAGGCUCCCAAGGCACGUCGGGCCCUUGAUCAUACCGUGGACAGCGAUGCUGCUCUUCUCGGUCCGGAUGCCGAGGCCGGCAUCGAUGCUGAUAUCCAGGAGGAAGAGCAAGAUGAGGCCGUUGUGAACAUCAACGAUGCCCUCAAGCUUUGGUGUGAGCGAUUCUGCUCUGAUCCAGCAUCAGUGAAGUCCUUCACUAUCUACCGCGAACUGAAGGGCUUCGAUCGCCAAGCGAUGCGCAAUAUCCUCGACUCCCACAUCCGCGAGCUGAACUACCGUGGCACCAUCAAUCAACAUUUCUCCCAAGCCCACAGCUCCGUCACCGUCUACUCCCCACACUGGAUCAACCGGCUACGCACGAAUACAUUUGUCUGGUGGCUUGUUGUCAUUCUUCAGCUCUGGAUCAUCACCUGGCCGGUUAUCUGGCUGAUGGAAAAGCGAUACGAAAUCGCCUUUACGCGCUGGAACGCCUCGCUCGACCCAAACGCCGACUCCAGUCUCAUCAAGUGCUAUGCACAGAAUCGCAAUGAAUCAGCCCUGGCGGAGUGGUGGGCACCAGCUGUCAAGCAGGCUGCAUGGACGCGCCGGUCGGGCGACAAUAAUCUCCUUACAAGGCUCGACGCUGAGCGGGUGCAAGGAAUGAGCACGGAGCAGUUGAUUAAUUUCCGGCCUCGGGAGUCAGAUGCCGAACUUGAGCGGCGGGAACGUGUCGCCAGAGGUGAAGGUGGCUUUGUUGACAGUGUCGUGGGAUUGGCUCGCGGGAUUAGCGAGGUGGGACAGGAUUGGAGGUUCACUAUGGGAUGGGGUGCGAAUACUUGA